UCCCACACACAUUCUACAGUAAUCAGUACAACAAUACAAGAGCAGCGAUGUUUCGUGUAAUAUUAUCCACGCUUUGUUUCACCUUCGGCAUCUUUAUCACCGUAAAAUCUGAGAAAAGUUGCGACACCUUAGGCACUCUCAUCUAUGAAGAUUUGGGCUGUAGGCCAGUGAAGAAAGAUGGCAGGGGUUGCGCUAUACAGUACGAAUGCGACGAUUUUACCCAGAAAAACGAUUCUUGUUUGUUCAGAGGGAAAACUUACGCACUAAAUGAACAAAUCAGAAAUGAACUAACUUAUGGGUCUUGCAGUGUGGGAUGUUUCUGCGAAAAUCACUCAGGACCUCCAAAGUUUAUGUGUGCGGUACUAGAUUGUCCUGAAUGGCUGGGUUCUCCUAUUAAGCCUGGUUGCUACAGAAAAUUCGAACUGGAUAAAUGUUGUUCCGUAGGGAUGAACUGUCCUUCGGAAAGCAACCCACUAGCAGAAUGCUCCGUAGAUGGAAACGUAUACAAAGAGGGUGAAAAGUUCUACCCAAAAAAUACUUGUCUUAAAUGUGUUUGCGGUAAAGACUGGAAGGGACGUUUCGAACAACCAUUCUGCCAGAGGUCUUUGUGCAAUUCUCAGAUAAACAGAGAAGAGGAGCUGCACAAAAAGUGUGCACAUGUUUAUUUCAGUAAAGAGGUGCUUUGUUGUCCGGACACUUGGGUUUGUCCUUCUCCAUCUGACCAAAUCACCAAAAUUAACAACAACGUCGAAUCGAACUCAGACCUCUCCUGUGUAUUUGGAUCUAAAACGUUAAAACUUGGGGAAGGAUUCCAAACGAAGGUCAGUUAUUUCGGCCCAGAAAGAGAUGUCCAGUGUGAAUGUGUUGUACCACCCUUACUGACGUGCAAGGAAGUGUAGAAGUUCAAAAUUUAGUCUCGGAAUUGUACGCUAGAUCGAAACUUUUAAUUAUUAUAUUAAUUAUGUUAGUUUUGUUGCUUAGAUACUAAUACUAUUUUUUUUUAAAUAUUUUUCUAAGUUGUAAUUGAAGUAUUGAAGUUUGAAAGUAAUAAAUAGCUUGUUACCUCCCAUUA